GUGCUCGCGGCGAACCAGUCUCGAGGGCCUACGCGCGCCUCUGCUCAUCACGAAACUCCGAACUUACAAUUACAAACACCAAUUUUACCACUGUGCAAAAAAAAAUUACGUGAUUCUCACUCAAAAAAGUGUGGUUCCCGAAAAGUUUUAGUGCUUUCAGUGUCAGCUGUGCGUUUUGUCUCUCUCUGUUCCGCGGAAAGGGAAAGGAAGGGAUUACGCAGGGCGCGUUGUUUUGUUUUCGUAAUACUCGACAAAAUAGAGCGGAUUCACUAAAAAAAUCGCUUCAAUAUCUUGUACAUACAAGAAUAUUAUAAGUAAAGAGCAAACAAUACCACCACCCACGAAGAUAGAUAACGCAGAUCCCGCAGGAGUUAAUCUGGCGCAUGGAGACAGGAAGCAUGUCGGUAGUGCGGCCCUAGAGUACUCCCCUGAGGGACUCCUCGCUCUAACAUGCCCAGCUGACAGUAUACGCUCCGAGACAAUGCCGGCGGCACCAAAACAAACAAAUGCAACACCAAAUAUAAAACCCUGUAAAGAAACAUCGACUGAGAAUAACAUAUUAACUUUUUACGUCGUAGCUAUUAAAGAUAGAAAUAUGGCCAACGGUAACCAUUCCAAUGAUAAUUUAGACGAAAUUCACGAAACGACUGAUUUAGAUAGAUGUAGGAUAAACGAAUAUUCCGAAACUCGAUGCCUUCCACGAUGCGUGUUGCAUAAGAAAGGAGUCGUAUACGGAAAAGAAUCGAUUAUGAAAAAGCGGGUGGCUGACGUAUAUGGUGGUGCAAGGAAGGCCGGUGAUUUGAAUUUUAAAUGUGCGCGGGAGUGGCUGGGAGCCUUCGGGAGGACAAUGGACGUGUGCGCGCGAGUGGCCCUCGUUGGGAUGUUGUUGACGCUGGUAGCGACGAGCGAUGCGGCGCCGGUGCGGUCGCGACCGACGAGAACUACACAACACCAUGAAGGAUCAGUGGUAAGUCCUUAA